GAGCCGCGAUUCCGUCAGAUGUAUCCACAAUUCGCUGGACAAGGACACAUUGCGCCGCGAGCGGAUCAGCAAGCUUAUCGACGGGGUCACGACGUCGGCUGGGGAGUGGUGGGCUGUUCCCGCGCAGGAUUUCGAGAACCGCAGGGUCAUGAGAGUUGUGAACUCGUACUACUUUCAGGCGAUCCUCGUGGUGGCCAUACUCGUCAGCGUGCUGCUCAUAGGCGUUGAGAUGGAUUAUCCGCAAUACUUCAAGGUAUGGUGGUCCCUGGACGUGGCAUGCACGGUGGUCUUCUUGCUGGAGGUGCUGCUGAAAGUUGUCGGUCUGGGCAGGCACUUCUGGAGAGAUUGUUGGUCCAUAGUGGACCUGGCCAUGUUGCUCAUUGCGCUUAUCGACUUCUUGGAGUACUUCACUGGCAACGCUGCGCUCUUGAGAGCGAUCAAGAGCCUCAGGUGCGUGCGCAGCUUGCGCCUCUUCAAG